UCGCCCCGCCCACCGCGCGUCGCCCCGCCCGCGCGCACUGCGCCGGCUGCGCCGGCCGGGGGCUCGGACUCGGCGUCAUGUGGCCUGCGGCGCGCGCCCCGUGGGUGUCCUGUCCAGGCUUGGGGGCGUUGCUGGGCAGCCGGCUCUUGGGGCUGCAGCCGCGGGCCCUUCACGGCUCGCCGGCCUCGUGCGGCAAGAACCUGCUCAAGAAGUUCGCGUCCAGAACCAGAAAAAAGUUUUGGUAUGAAGGUCCUUCCUUGGGCACCCACUUGACUCAGAAGCCAUCCCAGCUAGAAUUCCUAACCAAGAGUAAUUCGAAGAAGACCAAGAAGGAAGACCACAUCCGCCAGAGGGCCCUGAAUGGCCUUCUCUACAAAGCCUUGACUGAUCUGCUGUGUACCCCUGAAGUGAGCCAGGAAGUCUGUGACCUGAAUGUGGAGCUCUCCAAGGUCUCUCUGACUUCAGACUUCUCCGCAUGCCGCGUAUACUGGAAGAGCACACUGUCUGCUGAGCAGAACACGCACACCCAGGCCGUCCUACAGAGGAGUGCAGCACACAUGAGGCAUCUUUUGUUGUCUCUUCAGACCCUGAGGAACAUACCUCCUAUAGUAUUUGUUCAGGACAAAGGAAAUGCUGCUCUUGCAGAGGUGGACCAGCUGCUGGCCGCUGCUGAUUUUGGACCCCCAGAAGAGAAGGAAGACUUCGCACAGAGUAACUUCAGAGACCCUGAGGCCCCAUCUCGGUGUGCUCCCCAGGCUCCUCCUGCAUACUCAAGCCUGUAUGGGAUUGACCAUGAGGCACUAAACAAGCAGAUCAUGGAGUACAAGCGGAGAAAGGAGAAAGGACAAGGGCAGGGCAGCGGGUUCCUGCUGGGGCCACAACACAGAGCGGAACAGACUGGACUGAUGCACAAGAGGAAGAAGAAGGCUAGGUCUCGCGUGGACCUGGAUGUUUCCCCCAGGGGUCCUUUGUGGAGUCCUGUAGCUGAACAUUACUUGGAUGGUGGUGGUGGUGCCCCAGAGGAAUAUUUCCUGGGGCACGAAUGGGAAGGCCCAGAAGCAGAGCCAGAGGCUGUAAGAAAAGAUCAGAAGGGCGGAAGCAACUGAAGGGGACCCGUUUCACAGACAGGCCAAGGGACAGCACACGGAGGCUUCACAGAAAUCCUUGAUACAGGGCAUCUCUGAACUCACUACUCCUCUUGUGGUGUGCCAGCACUGCCUCUGUUCAGAGGAGAUGGCCUGAGAAAGCCUGUCCCCUCUCUUGGAUUGGCAGCGGCCCAGCCAGCUAUUCUGUGCAACUGUGCCCUUCCCUCACUGCACUUGUCUAACCACGUCAGUCCUGGGCACUGAGAAGGUUUGGUCCACAUUUCUGUGUCUUUUGAUGGUGAUAUCAAUGUUGGAAAACUGUUCCAUGCUUGUGCUGAAUUGCUGGCUUGUUUUCUCAGAACAGGAAGGCUAUGAUGAGCCUUCAGAGAAAAUGCUCAGAUUAGAUGAGCCUCACUCAGGCUUGUCAGUGCUGCUGAAGAAAAUAAAAUGAAUAUAAAGCCUGA